AUGGGACGGCCGUCCCUCGCGCUGCGGCUGCUGCUGGCGCUGCUGCUGCCGCCGCCAGCGCCGUUGCUCCGGGCGCUGCGCCCGGCUCCCUGCCCGGAGCCCUGCAGCUGCCCGCCCGACGGCGCCCUGCGCUGCCCCGGCCCGCGGGCCGGCCUCAGCCGACUAUCACUCACCUAUCUCCCUAUCAAAGUAAUCCCAUCUCAAGCUUUCAGAGGACUUAAUGAGGUCAUAAAAAUUGAAAUCUCUCAGAGUGAUUCCCUGGAAAAGAUAGAAGCUAAUGCCUUUGACAACCUCCUCAAUUUGUCUGAAAUACUGAUCCAGAACACUAAAAACCUGGUGUACAUUGAGGCUGGAGCAUUUACAAAUCUCCCUCAGUUAAAAUACCUAAGCAUCUGUAACACAGGCAUCCGCAAGCUUCCAGAUGUUACGAAGAUCUUCUCCUCUGAAUUUAAUUUCAUUCUGGAAAUUUGUGAUAACUUACACAUAACCACUGUACCAGGAAAUGCUUUUCAAGGGAUGAAUAACGAAUCCAUAACGCUAAAACUAUAUGGAAAUGGAUUUGAAGAAAUACAAAGUCAUGCAUUCAAUGGGACAACGCUGAUUUCCCUGGAGCUAAAGGAAAACGCACGCCUGGAGAAGAUGCACAAGGACGCCUUCCGGGGGGCCACGGGGCCUAGCAUUUUUUCUAGAGGCUCAAGUCUGAAACGAGGCUGUCAGCAAGCCUUCCUCCCGUGGGCGGCGAGGGACGGGCUUGUGCCAGACCUCUCCUGGCUCCUGGUAGCUCCCUUUGGUUGUGGCAGCAGAACUCCAGUCUUCACAGGGGAUAUUUCUUCCACUAAACUGCAGGCCCUGCCUAGCUAUGGGCUAGAGUCCAUUCAAACCCUAAUUGCCACAUCAUCCUAUUCUCUGAAAAAACUGCCAUCGAGAGAAAAAUUUACCAAUCUCCUGGAUGCCACACUGACUUACCCCAGCCACUGCUGUGCUUUUAGAAACUUGCCAACAAAAGAGCAGAAUUUUUCAUUUUCCAUUUUUAAAAACUUUUCCAAACAAUGUGAAAGCACAGCAAGGAGACCAAAUAAUGAAACACUUUAUUCCGCCAUCUUUGCUGAGAGUGAACUGAGUGGCUGGGAUUAUGACUAUGGUUUCUGCUUACCCAAGACACUCCAAUGUGCUCCUGAACCAGAUGCUUUCAAUCCCUGUGAAGACAUUAUGGGCUAUGACUUCCUUAGAGUCCUGAUUUGGCUGAUUAAUAUCCUAGCCAUCACGGGAAAUGUGACUGUCCUCUUUGUUCUCCUGACCAGUCGUUAUAAACUGACAGUGCCCCGCUUUCUCAUGUGCAAUCUCUCCUUUGCAGACUUUUGCAUGGGGCUCUACCUGCUACUCAUUGCCUCAGUUGAUGCCCAAACCAAAGGCCAGUAUUAUAACCAUGCCAUAGACUGGCAGACAGGGAGUGGAUGCAGUGCGGCUGGCUUUUUCACUGUUUUUGCAAGUGAACUCUCUGUCUACACCCUCACAGCCAUCACACUGGAAAGAUGGCACACCAUCACCUAUGCUAUUCAACCGGACCAAAAGCUGCGGCUGAAACACGCCAUCCCAGUCAUGCUCGGAGGAUGGCUCUUUUCUACUCUCAUCGCCAUGCUGCCUCUUGUGGGUGUCAGCAGUUACAUGAAGGUCAGCAUUUGCCUCCCCAUGGAUGUGGAAACCACUCUCUCACAGGUCUACAUCUUAACCAUCCUGAUUCUCAACGUGAUGGCCUUCAUCAUCAUUUGUGCUUGCUACAUAAAAAUUUAUUUUGCAGUUCAAAAUCCAGAGCUGAUGGCUACCAACAAAGAUACAAAGAUUGCUAAGAAAAUGGCGGUCCUCAUCUUCACCGAUUUCACCUGCAUGGCACCAAUCUCUUUCUUUGCCAUCUCAGCUGCCUUCAAAGUGCCCCUUAUUACAGUAACCAACUCAAAGGUUCUACUGGUUCUCUUUUAUCCUGUCAAUUCAUGCGCCAAUCCGUUUCUGUAUGCAAUUUUCACGAAGGCAUUCCGAAGGGAUUUCUUUCUGUUGCUGAGCAAAUUUGGCUGCUGUAAAUAUCGAGCUGAACUUUAUAGGAGGAAGGAUUUUUCAGCUUAUAUCUCCAACUACAAAAAUGGCUUCACUGGAUCAAAUAAGCCCUCCCGGUCCACCUUCAAGUUGACUACAUUACAAUGUCAAUAUUCAGCUGUCCUGGACAAGACUUGCUACAAGGAGUGUUAA